ACACACGAGGGUGCGGAGCAGCCAUGUUUCACUUCAUUGAGUCACGUGUCGUGGAGCUUGUCCUGUACAUGUGCCUCGUCAUCCUCGUUCACCUCUUCCUCACGGCGCUCGCGGUCGACGUGCGCAAGGAGAUUGCCGCGCUCGCGAAGGUCUACGACAAGUACUACAAGGUCGUAUACCGCGGCCAGAAAAGAAUGAAAUUGAAAGAAGCAGCGACAGAAAGGCCAUCCCCACAGGACCCCCCUUUGGUGGCCUCUAAAGAAGCUCGUCGCCAAAGACACCGCCGUCGCUACCUCGACGCCCGGCCACCAUGGAAGCAACUUUCAAACCAGAUUGCUUCACCUGCAGCAGCAAGCAGUCUCUGACAAGCCAGAAGAAGCCACAAGUGGAAAGCGGGGAUUUCAAUAUUCGCUGAUAUACCACAUUUAGGUUAACGUCGUUUGACAUGCGCUGAGCGCGCGAACGUAACUUUACUAGCGGCCUUACGCACCACUCACGCGCAAUGUCGGCUGUAAUUUUACUCUGAUAAAGUGAACAUUCUGUGUUGAACGGAAAUUACAGUUAUAUAUCUUAUGCCACGAGAGGUUCAAGGGAAA